UCACUACCAAAGUAAAGAGGCUUCGAGAAGAACGCUAAGAAAUUCCACCAGGUCCAUUGGUAGGGGUUAUUAUUGUUAAAUCGUCAUACUCUUCUGACUUGGAUAUUACUAGACUUCUUCCGGUCAUAUACGUGCCAGACCAGGCAACUUCGUUAGUUCUUCAAGAAUCACGUGCAAGUGAGCAUUGGCAUUUUUUGGUGCUCGUGUUCGAAUUUAUCUAUUCAACUUAUUUGCUUACUUUAUUGCUUUUUUAUCUAUUUCAUAAUACACUUCAUUAUCUUCUCAAAAGUGAGUUUAAGAUUUUUUUAUUUUAAUCAACUGCUAAUGUUUUUUUCUAUUUUUUAUGUUAUUGAUGUCACGUUUUCUGAAGGACUCAUGUUUAUUAAAGUCAAAAAAUGACGAGGAAGUUUUGAAAAUCCUGAAAGACAUUUUUUUUUCUCUACUUGAAUUUCGAUGGACAAUCCAUAUAAACAUGUUUAAGGUCCAUUGGAUUCGUGGUUAAUGUCAUACAAUGAAUUAUCAUUGCACAGAUGUAGUCAUUAAGAGAUUAAAGAAAAUUAACCUGAGGUCAACUGAUAUGUUGAAAAAACCGCAAGGGCAAUUAGCUAGAUUGAAGAUAAAAUGGUAUUGAGUGCGUUGGUUAUUGCAUCAACAUUAAAGAGUGCUGUAGGCCUAAUGGGCACUAGCUUAUGGUUAGUUCCACUAGUCAUCAUAGGUCUCUCAUAUUACCGCUACGAUCAAUUGGAUCCGGAGAGUCGUGUCAUUGACAAACGUCCUUUAAACCAAGAAUAUGACUUUAUAGUAAUUGGAGGUGGAUCAGCAGGUGCAGUAGUUGCUAGUCGGCUUUCUGAAAUACCAGAUUGGAAUAUAUUACUUUUAGAAGCUGGCCCUGACGAAAACGAGAUCACAGAUGUACCUUCUUUGGCAGCAUACCUUCAACUAACAAAAUUGGAUUGGAAAUAUAAGACUGAACCUACGGGUACUUCCUGUUUGGCCAUGAAGAAAGGCAGAUGUAAUUGGCCGAGAGGAAAAGUACUCGGUGGUUCGAGCACAUUAAAUUACAUGCUGUACGUACGUGGAAAUAGAUAUGACUAUGAUCAUUGGGAAGCUCUUGGUAAUCCAGGAUGGGGAUAUGACCAAGCACUGUAUUAUUUUAAGAAAUCUGAAGACAAUCGUAAUCCUUACUUGAAAAAUAGUCCCUAUCAUGGUACUGGAGGGUAUUUAACAGUUCAAGAGUCACCUUGGAGAACGCCUUUAGUUGUAGCUUUUGUCGAAGCUGGUAUGGAAUUAGGCUAUGAAAACAGAGAUAUUAAUGGAGAGUAUCAAACUGGCUUUAUGAUUGCUCAAGGAACUAUAAGACGAGGUAGUCGAUGUUCAACAGCCAAAGCAUUUUUACGACCUGUACGUCUCAGGAGAAAUUUACACAUCGGUAUGAAUGCGCAUGUGACUAAAAUUAUUAUUGAUCCUAUAAAAAUGAAAGCAGUUGGUGUUGAAUUUUAUAGAGAUGGAAGAAAACAAAUUAUUCGAGCAAAAAAAGAAAUUAUUUUAUCUGCAGGCGCCAUCAACAGUCCACAGUUAUUGAUGCUUUCAGGAAUUGGACCUAAACAGCACUUGGAAAGCCACGGAAUAACGGUUAUCAAAGAUUUACCAGUUGGAAAUAAUCUUCAAGAUCAUGUAGGAAUGGCUGGACUAACUUUUUUAGUUGAUAAACCUGUUGCAAUUGUUCAAGACCGUCUCCAGCCGACACCAGUUACUACUGAAUAUGUAUUGAAUGGGCGAGGACCGAUGACGACAUUAGGUGGAGUUGAAGGUUAUGCAUUUGUUAAUACAAUUUACGCUAAUGAAUCAGGGUUGUACCCUGAUAUUCAAUUACAUAUGGCACCAGCAUCAUUAAGUUCUGAUGCUGGUGUUCAAGUAAGAAAAGUUCUGAGCAUUACUGAUCAAGUUUACGAUACUGUGUAUCGUCCUAUUACUAAUAGAGAUGCUUGGACUAUUAUGCCUCUACUUCUGAGACCAAAAUCAAGAGGUACAAUAAGAUUAAAAAAUAGUAAUCCAUUUGCUAGUCCAGUUAUAAAUGCCAACUAUUUUGAUCAUCCUGAAGACAUCGCUCGUCUUGUUGAAGGUGCAAAAAUAGCAGUAAGAUUAAAUGAAGCCAAAGUGUUUCAACAAUUUGGAUCUCGAUUACAUAGAGCAAAAAUUCCAGGAUGUAAAAAUUUAACUUUUGGAUCUGAUGCUUAUUGGGAAUGUCAUAUUCGUCAUAUCACUAUGACUAUAUAUCAUCCAGUAGGAACUGCCAAAAUGGGACCAUCCACUGAUCCUGAAGCUGUGGUUGAUCCACGAUUGCGAGUUUAUGGAGUGCAAAGUUUAAGAGUUAUCGAUGCAUCAAUAAUGCCUACCAUCUGCAGCGGUAAUACCAAUGCACCUGUUAUUAUGAUUGCUGAGAAAGGAUCUGAUCUCAUAAAGAAUGACUGGCUCGAUAAUAUCCAAAGAUAAGAUAUUUUCCACAGCAUUAUAUAAACUUUUGAUCGUAUAUUCAUUAUGCUACAUUAGAUUAUAUUACAAAAUUAUG